GAAGCGGAAGCGGCCCCGGUGGCCGUCUGUCCCUUGGAGUUCUGUGUCUGUGUGUGUGAGAGAGAGAGUGAAAGUGAAAGAGAAAAAGAAGGAAAAGGAAAGAAGCGCAGACAGAAACAACACAGAGUGGGAGAGUGGGAGCAGAGGCUGUGGUUCUGGUCCGUGCGAGUUCCCGGGGGCGUUAUUCUGAGAGGAUGGAGCUGAAAUGGUGGCGUGGGGCCAGCGCACAGAGUCUGCCAACUGUCUUUGUACAAUAACACUUCAGUCCAAGUCAAGGGAGAACUCGCAGAGAGCUAUGUCUACACCUCGGGACUGAUGCACCAAUUUCUGCUUUGAGACGGCAACACACAGCUCAGCAAGGAUGUUCAGUGCCACACAAACCUCGAAGUUGCAGUUUCUGGACAGUGCUCGUGCAGCUCGAGAGGAGAGGAAAGGACAGAAGGAGCGGGAGCGAGCGGCCAUUCACAUCCAGGCGGUCGUCAGGAGAUUCCUCUGCAGAUGCCGGCUUCUUAGAGAAAUAAGGAAUGAAAUCGAUGAUUUUUUGGGCCCAAACGAAACUAAUUCAUCCAGAAAAAAUGCACUUUCUAUAUUCAAACUCACUAGGAAACUGCUCUUCGUGUUCCACAUUAAGCAAGAUAAAGAGAGACUUGGGAAGCUGUGUCGCUGUAUUCUCAACAGCAUGGAAGCCGAGAAUGAGCCCAAGGUCUGGUACGUUUCGUUAGCACUUUCAAAGGAACUGACCAUGUUGUGGAUCAAACAGGUCAAGGACUUGCUGUGGCUCUGCAGUAAGCUCUUGAAACAACUGAAGCCCGAUAUGAUGCAGGACACAAAGCACAUCACGCUGCACCUCACCAUGUUAGUCACCUUCACGGACACCUCGACGUGGAAAAUCCUGAGAGGAAAAGGGGAAGCAAUGAGACCCGCUAUGAACCACAUCUGUGCCAACAUCAUGGGUCACCUCAACCAGAAGGGAUUUUAUACUGUGCUACAGUUACUAUUAACAAACGGGCUAGCAAGGAGCAAGCCAUCCCUGUCUAAAGGCACUUUAACAGCCAUCUUCUCUCUCUCUUUACGUCCAGUGAUCGCAGCCCAUUUCUCGGACAACCUGCUCCGUUCGUUCUUGCUGCACAUCAUGUCAGUCCCAGCCUUAGUCACGCAUCUCUCUACCAUCGUGCCUGAGUGCAUGGCCAUGGUGCAUUCGCAGGAGCUGCUGCUAAAAUUCAUCCUGUUUCUGAGCCGGGAAGAGCAAUGCAGUGACAUCUGUGUGUGCUUGGAGGGCAGCCACUCUCUCUGCCUGCUGGGGAACCUGAUCCAGCUGGCUUACCUGUCGGAGAAAGUGCUGGAGGAGGAGACGAAUCACUUUGUCAGUGUGCUCACAGCCAUGCUCUCGUACUGCCAGAAGUACGUCGCGCAGAAGAAGUCAAACCUGACUCACUGGCACCCGGUGCUGGGCUGGUUCUCUCAGACUGUGGAUUACGGGUUGAAUGAAGCCAUGCCGCUGGUCACCAGGCAGCUGCAGUACCUGUGGGGGGUCCACAUCAUUCGCACUCUGUUCCACGACGUGCUGAGCAAGAAACUGCCCGAGAGCCAAGACUCGAUGCACGUACAAGCCUCACUCUCCAGCCUUCCCAACAACAUGCAGGUCAAAAAUCUCUUCAAACGAGCCUUCCAGAAGUCUGCUUCCAUGAGGAACAUCCUGAAGCCGGUGGGCGGGAAGCGAGUGGACUCGGCCGAGGUGCAGAAAGUGUGCAGCAUCUGCGUGCUGUACCAGAUGGCACUCACCACCCUCACCCAGAUCCGCCUACAGAUCCUCACAGGGUUAACCUAUUUAGACGACUUAUUGCCCAAACUGUGGGCUUUCAUCUGCGAGCUCGGACCCCAGGGGGGGCUGAAGCUGUUCCUCGAGUGCCUGAACAACGACACGGAAGAGUCCAAGCGGCUUCUCGCUAUGCUCAUGCUGUUUUGCGACUGUUCCCGGCACCUCAUCACGAUCCUGGAUGACAUUGAAGUAUACGAGGAGCAGGUGUCCUUUAAACUGGAAGAACUGGUCACGAUCUCUUCUUUCCUCAACUCGUUUGUGUACAAGAUGGUCUGGGAUGGCCUGCUGGAGAACGCGAAAGGGGAACAACUGGAGCUGUUUCAUUCAGUGCUCGGGUGGCUGAUGACGCUGUACGAGCGAGACUGCAGGCGACGUUUUUCUCCUGAGGAUCACUGGCUGCGCAAGGACCUGAAACCGGGCCUGCUGUUCCAGGACUUGGAUAAAGGGAAGAAGAGAGCUCAGUUACUGCUGCAGUACAUCCCUCACAUCAUUCCCCACAAAAAUAGAGUGCUGCUUUUCCGGAACAUGGUGACGAAGGAGAAGGAAACCUUGGGUUUAGUGGAGACGAGCUCAGCCUCUCCUCACGUCAUCCACAUCACCAUUCGCAGAUCCCGCAUGUUAGAGGAUGGUUACGAGCAGUUGAGGCAGCUUCCUGUCAACACUAUGAAGGGCGUCAUCCGGGUGAAGUUUGUGAACGACCUGGGAGUUGAUGAGGCUGGCAUCGAUCAGGACGGGGUCUUCAAGGAAUUCUUGGAAGAAAUUAUCAAGAAAGUCUUUGAUCCAGCGCUGAACCUCUUCAAGACGACCAGCGGAGAUGAGCGACUGUUCCCGUCCCCCACCUCCUACAUCCAUGAGAACCACCUGCAGCUCUUUGAAUUUGUGGGCAAGAUGCUGGGAAAAGCCAUCUACGAGGGAAUAGUUGUGGAUGUGCCCUUUGCUUCCUUCUUCCUCAGUCAGGUUCUUGGACAUCACCACAGUGCGUUAUACAGCUCGAUCGAUGAACUCCCCUCUCUGGAUUCAGAGUUCUACAAAAACCUCACCUCCAUCAAGCGUUACGAUGGCGAUAUCAGUGAUCUGGGGCUGACCUUAUCCUACGACGAGGACGUCAUGGGUCAGCUGGUCUGUCAUGAGCUGGUUCCUGGUGGCAAGACGAUGGGAGUGAUCAAUGAGAACAAAAUCAGCUACAUCCACCUCAUGGCUCAUUUCCGCAUGCACACCCAGAUCAAGGAUCAGACGGCCGCCUUUAUCCGAGGCUUUCGCUCCAUCAUUAAUCCAGAGUGGCUCCGCAUGUUCUCAACCCCCGAAGUGCAGCGCUUGAUCGCCGGGGACAAUGCCGAGAUCGACCUGGAGGACCUCAAGAAGCAAACCGUGUAUUACGGCGGUUUCCAUGGCAGCCACCGGGUCAUUACCUGGCUGUGGGACAUUCUGGCGCAUGACUUCACACCCGAGGAGCGAGCCAUGUUUCUGAAGUUUGUCACCAGCUGCUCUCGACCUCCACUCCUGGGUUUUGCCUACCUCAAACCCCCCUUCUCCAUCCGCUGUGUGGAGGUAUCGGAUGAUCAGGACACGGGGGACACCCUGGGCAGUGUGCUGAGGGGUUUCUUCACCAUCAGAAAGAAGGAGCCGGGCGGACGUUUGCCGACCUCUUCCACCUGCUUCAACCUCCUCAAACUCCCCAACUACAGCAAGAAAAGCAUCCUGCGGGAGAAACUGCGCUAUGCAAUCAGUAUGAACACGGGAUUCGAGCUUUCCUAGCCUCCGGGAGGACCCUGCGUGCGAGCGCGCGUGCGUGUACGCGCUUGCUUGCGUAGGUAAACAUGCAAAGGGACUUCUGCUACAGAAGCUGCCCCCGGCCACACGACAAGCAGUCAAUGACGGAUCAUUUUGAUUCCCCUUAACUGAAGGAAGCGACGAGGAUUCGGGGUACAAGCCGGAUGUCCAAGGGUCUCAAACGUAAGAUUAACGGGACUGGAAGGGUUAGCAGGUUAUUGCUGAUCUGUGUGCCACCUGAGAUAGCUGUGGAUGUGGGUGACUUGGGGCUCUCUGGCUCAGUGUGGUCAAAGUCCUGCUUUACACUAAUUGACCGGACCUGAUAAUUAACCCUUUGUAGGGUGGUUGCACUUCCCUUCUCCCCCCCCUCCCCACCCCCCAAAAAUCCCUGAAUCUGCAAUGUUUCCAGGAAACUCUUUCAGGGAUGCCGUGAUUUAGGAAACGUCAUUGAGGAGGUAAGCCGGGGAGAGGGGAGGGGGUGCCAACGUUUUUCUAAUUGUAUUGCAUUAAUGGGAAAUUGAUUCCAAAUCAUUUUUGCAGGCGUUCGUUAAAACAAAAAGGCCCAGAAAGGCGAGCGGUCCUGGUGUUUCUGCGGCUGAAACGGUUAAAGUGAUGGUUAGCCCAGAUUGGCUUAGUUGCUGCUCUUCCCCCAUCCCCACAUUGCCAGCAGCACACAGACAAGUAGACAGGGUCAACUGCUGUGAUACCUUGCUCUUAGGUGCAGAAUGAAUGUCAAAUUGACCCCAUGGUGGGCAAACAGGUAACAAGACGAGGAAAUUCCAGAGAUAGGUUAUUGGAAUGGAAUGCAAAUCAUAGCAAGUAGUGGCCAACUCACUGUCAAUGGCUCCUUUAGUUUCCAUGUUGACUUCUAUCUGAUGUGUGGCUCAGAUCAGAAAUUGAGUGCGUGUGUGUGUGUGUGUAUAUAUAUAUAUAUUUGUUUUUUUGGGGGGGAAGGGGGGAAUCUAACUUGCCCUUUCAUUGGAUUGCAGUGAAGCUCUUUAAGACGUCUCAAUGACAUGAUAAGGCGCUAUAUAUCAAAUGCAAGGAUUAUUAUUAUUAUUUGCAUCAACAAGUUUGGCGCAAUUGUCUAAACUGCAUCCUCUACUAAUGUGCUACUGUUUCACCUCAUCUCAACCUGUCUGCCACACAGGUUGAACCUCAGGAAAUGAACGUCAGGCUUUCUCAAGCCAUUGAUUAAUCUGUUGACACUCACUGCCGCCUUGUGUGGGAUAAAUUGUUUUACAAAUUCUCCAGUGUCGAAGCCUGGAGUUAGUAGGUGGCAGUAAUGGUUCUUUGACCUUCACAGAACCUUUAUCAUCAGUUUCGCCAUCAAUCAGUUCAAAUAAAAUUCAGCCACAGUUUGAAUCUCUAUAGAGCCUGACAGAUUUCCUCACAAGCAUCUUGAGUGUGUAUAUUUUGUGUGUUGGGCUGUCUCAUCUAUUCCGGCCCUUUCCUUGGAUUUGUACAGUAAAAAAAAUCAGGAAAUUAUUUAUACUUUAGAAUGGUGUAAGCACAAUUUGUGUUCAUGUCUUCGGAGCAAUUCUCUACCCCUCCAUUAUUACUAUCCCUUCUUCCCUCACCUGCCCUGUAAUGCACCAGCAUCUUUCAGGAAGAAAACUACAUAGGCUAAUGAUAUGGUUGUUAUCACUAACGAGAUACUGCAAUAUAUGGAACGGACUUGGUAAAGAAAUAAAACCAGAUAAUGCUGGAGAAAUACAGAGGAAUGUUGACCUUUGAAGGGAUGUUUCUGGGAUCCGAGGAGAUUCUAACCUGACUGGCUCUAUUUCUCCAGCAUUUUCUUUUAUAAUCCCUGUAACGGUAUUUGGUCCUUUUUAAUGUUGCUAAAGUAAGGGAGCGAUCAGAUGACUAGGACAGCCUUUGUUCUACCUUUUCUUUCUGUAAAAUAAUCGAGUGUGUGGUUUAACUGGCAUAGAAAGACUUGUUGCACUAUGUAAAACCCCAGCCAACUUAUCACACAUCUAAUGUACAGCAACAGUGAUUAAAAAGCGGACUUCUCUCCUCGCUGCUUGUAUUAUAACAAUCUUACUCAUUCUUCAAUUGUAACUAGUUAAUUGUACUGUAUUAAUUGCAAAUGUUUGAAAUAUCUGUGCACUACAAAUUUAAAUUGUGUGUAUGUUUUUUUUAUUAAAAUGCAGUAAACUCUG